UCCCUCUGUCAAACGCAGAGGGAGCGGGGCUGCGGCUCCGGCUGAGGGAUCCGCUCUAGCCGGGCGGACGAGCGGAGGAGCAGCCGCGGGGCUGCGAGGGAUGCGGCUGGAGGGAGGCAGCCGAGCGGACCCCUCCGUGUGCGCGGGGACCGGCCAGGGAGCAGCGCUGGACACCGAAUGAGCAGAGCCAAACCCGUGGCUAUGCAGUGCUCCUGGAAGGCGGUGCUGCUGCUGGUGGCCGCCUCGCUGGCCGUGCAGUACACGGCCAUCCGCACCUUCAUCGCCAAGCCUUUCGCCAUCUGCCGGGUGGCCAAGCAGCGGGGCGGCUGCGAGCCGGGGACGGGCGCCUCCUGCCAGCCGAGGCUGGGGGAUGGGGAGGAGGAGGAGGAGGAGGACAGCGGCGGCGCAAGGAGACAUCCGGCCAGCCACAUCCUGGUGCUGGCCACCACCCGCAGCGGCUCCUCCUUCAUCGGACAGCUGCUGAACCAGCACUCAGACAUCUUCUACCUGUUCGAGCCGCUCUACCACGUGCAGACGAGCCUGAUCAACACCAGCCUGCGGGUGCGGCCGCCCAUCGACGGCCGCCGCCUGCUUCUCGGCGCCUACCGCGACCUGCUGCGAGGCCUCUUCAGCUGCCGCCUGCACGACCUGGAGGCCUACAUCCGCCCGGCGCCCGAGCAGCACAGCACCCAGCGCCUGUUCCGCCGCGGCGCCAGCAAGGCGCUGUGCUCACCGCCUGUGUGUGCCGCGUGGCCAACGGACGGGCAGCCCGAGGGCGGGGAGCGGGACAAGGCGGCGGCAGCCAGCGAGCGCUGGGAGGAGGGCGAGUGUGUGCGCCACUGUGGUGCCCUCAACCUGACGCUGGCGUCGGGCGUCUGCCGCCGCCGUCACCACAUCGCCAUCAAGACGGUGCGCGUGCCCGAGGUGGGCGACGUGCGUGCGCUGCUCGAGGACCCGCGCCUCAAUAUGAAGGUGAUCCAGCUGGUGCGCGACCCCCGCGCCAUCCUGGCUUCGCGCAUCGACACCUUCCCCGACAGCUUCCGCGCCUGGAAGGUGUGGCGGAACAGCGGCCGCAGGCCCUACAACCUGGACGCCUCGCACCUCAGCGCCACGUGCAGCGACCUGCUUCGCUCGGCCGCCACCGGCCUGGCCCGGCCCCACUGGCUGAAGGGCCGCUACAUGCUGGUCCGCUACGAGGACCUGGCCAGGCGGCCCGAGGAGAAGGCGCAGGAGAUCUACCGCUUCCUCGGCGCCUCGCUCGACGCCAGCGUGAGGAGGUGGAUCCUCAACAACACGAGGGGCGCCGGCGCCUCAGGCAACCACAAGUACGCCACAGUGAGAGACUCAGCCGCCACCGCCGAGGGAUGGAGGCUCAAGCUCACCUUCGACAUGGUGGAGCUGGUGCAGGACAUCUGCAACCUGACCCUGGUGCAGCUGGGCUACAGGAUGGUCAGCUCGGUGGAAGAGCUCCGAAACGUCUCCGUAAGUCUGGCUGAAGAUAGGACCUUUCUGCCCUAUUUGUAAUCAGGAAUAGUUUGUGCCAUUUGGUGAUAUAUUUUUGAUAUCUAUUCUAUAUAUAAUAUAUAAAUAUAUAUGAAAUGUUCUUACAUUGUUGGGUAAGGUUCCCCGUACGCACAGGCAGACACACACGAGCAGGGUUGCCACUCAGAGGGUGCAAACUAUAUGGAAUUUGCUGCCAGAUGAGCGGGUCCUGGCUGGUACCACAACGACAUUUCGAUGACGUUUUCCCUGAUGUUGGGGAACCAAGGAUUAGAAGGCAUGGGUUUUAGGGCGAAGGGGGAAAGGUUUUCGAGGAACCCAAGGGGCAAUAUUUUCACCCAGAAGAUGGAACGAGCUGCCAGAGGAGGUGUUUGAGGCAGGUACAUGAAGGGCAGUUGAACAGGUGCAUGAAGAUGAAAUGUUUCGUGGGAUGUGGGCCAUAUAGGACCAGCUUAGAUAGAUAUCUUGGAUCAGUAUGGACCAGGUGGACUCAAGCGAUUACUUCCAUGCUAUUGGAAUAUUCCAUAUAUAGAAUAUAGAAUAUUCCAUGAUUCUAUUUGGAAAUGUGUACAGAUAGGAAAGGUUAGAGAGAUAUGGGCCAAAUUUGGGCAAUUGGGACUAGCUAUGGUUGUCACCUUUGCCAGCAUGGAGGAGUUGUGCCAAAGGGCAUGUUUCCUUUCUCUACCCUAACUUCUGUUGAAUGUAUCUUUAGGGGCAUUGAUCACUUCUCACUACUAUGGAUCACCUCACCAAAUGAUUCAUCUGCAUUGUCUGAUAAUUCUUGACUACAAUCAUGCAGACUUUCCUUUCCCAUUUGCAAUAUGUGUACUAUGACUAUCUAGAUUCCACUGUCAAUAUUCAUGCCUUCAUCACUGCGGGACACGGGUGCAGUGCGGACAACUGACAAAGUGCAGUUAUCACGCAGGGCCUUUAUUCCAUUCGGUAUCACUCCAUGCCUAUUUUCACAGCGUUUCCCAAACCCACAAUCUGCAGAGUCCCUGAAGAAGGAGAAAAGAUGCACUGGGAUACCGGACCACCAACUACAUGUUUCCCUCCAGGCUGCCCUCUGUGACGUACGUGAUCCUAAACUGGAAAUAUAUCAGUGUUCCUUCAUUAUCACCGAUUCUCAGUCAUAAAACUUUCUCUCCUAGAGCACUGCAGGACUGGUGUUCAUUCCAUCAAUUAGGAAUUUGCAUUGUUUUUAUCAGUGAUGAUAACAUUGUGUAAAUCAAUAAAUAAAUAGCAAUGUUUGCAAAGAAUUGGGGACAAGAAAUAUUUCAGUCUUGCUUUGAUUUUCUCCAUGACUUGCCUACAGCUACAUUCUGAAGAUUAAUCCAUGCAGACGCCAAAAUGAUCAGUACAGUUGGCAACCCUAACAGGCACACAAACUUUCAAAUUAUUCCUGCUGAUAGAAGUAAGUUGUGGAGUCAUGGGAGAUUUCCAGAGAGCUUCUUGGACAUGGUGAAAGUUCCAACAAUUUUACAAAAUAUCCCGACUUUUUAAUGUGGGUGAAUGUGUUUAUUAAAAAUGUGAAAUAUUUGAAUAUUUUUAAAUGCAUUGUAUCUUUCUAAACUGUCAGAUGAUCUUGAAGAAAUCAACAUUGAACUAUUUUUAAUACACCAGGAAGUUUCUCAGAUUUCUAACCCCCAACCCCUGCAAUGCUCUCUAGGUUUUGGUCAAUUAUUUUGUACAUUGUAUUAGAGUUUGUGCCAAACAAAUAGUUCGAGUAAUUGUGCCUGGGGGACUCUGCUGAAGAACCAACCAUUCAUUUUAAAUAAUGUUAAGAGAGGGGAAACCACAGAUUUGGCCAGUGUUGUCAAGUAUGUUAGCACACAACAUGCUGGAGGAGAUCAGCAGGUCAAGCAACAUCUGUGGAGAGGAAUAAGCAGUCAAUGUUUCAUGCCAAGUCUCUUCCUCGGGAUGAAAUGUCUCAGCCCAAACGUGGACUGUUUAUUUCUCCCCAUAGAUGCUGCCUGACCUGCUGAGUUUCUCCAACAUGUGUAUGUGUGUGAGUGUGGAUUCUGGAUUUCUGGCAUCUGCAGAAUCUUUUUUUUAUGUGUCUGUCAAGUAUGUUAUCCAUUUGCCGCAUGUGGCUGAUUGACCAUACAGAUAAGUGGAAUGUUGUAUUAGAUUAGUCAAUAACAAAUGAGCAACUGACACCAUCAGUGCAUGCCGUCUCAGUGUUCCUUUGCAUGGGGUAUGCAUGCAUAUUUUGAUAAUUUUUCUGUGCCUUGUUGGUAAAAAAAAGUAAGAUACAAAAACAAAGUGUGCAAGUGUAACUUCAUCAUUGUGAAUGCUUCACAUUCGUCACUGACAGGAGCUGGAGAUUUGUCAAACAUCUGUGAGUUGCAUAGACCUCUGUGUGCGUGCGUGCGUGUGUGUGGUGUGUAUUUAAAUAUAUGACUCUGAAGACAAUUAGUUCCUGUAUUGGAGACAUAAGUGACUGACUGCGGUUGCUGGAACCAGUCCAGAUGAAGGUACUUGACCCAAAAGAUCAAGUGUCAAUUUGCCUGACCUGCUGAGUUUCUCAAGCACGUUGCUUGUUGCUAGCGUAGGUAUUUAUCCUUGUGGCCGCCGUCAGUUUCUACUUGACAACACUGGACAAGCGAAGCGCAAGCCGAGGUCUUUGUGAUCUCAUGUCAUAACUGGCAAUUGUUCCAGUUGAUUCGAGUCUGAAAGUUUUCAAAGCAUUGUGUUCAAAUUUUGCUGCCUCCCUCCACACACCUCCUGGAGAAUUUACCCUGAGCUUCUGAAAAAUGGUGCCUAAUCCACAAAUGAAUGAGACAGCAUGUGUUUUUAACUGGUGAAUAGCCACAGAAAUAAUGUGCCAAUAACGGAACACCUACUGAUAUUUAUACUGAAAAUGGAUGACUGGAAGGUAUGUUUGGAUGGCAGAGAUGGACUAGAAUAUCCUGUGGUUUCUGAGUUUGAAAACCUGCGUGUAAAGUAUAAAAUAUUUAUUUAAAAGCAGUUGCCUGAAGAAAGCAACCUGUGAACACCAGCUCUGAAUAGACUGUGCUCUACUUCCAAAAUGUAGUACCUUCACCUUUGUAUCAGAAGUUGAGCGUUCACGUUCCAGUCCAUAGUGUGAGCAGAAAAUUGGGGGCGUACUCAGAGCAGCUCGGACAGACUGUUGUCCUAUGUGAGUGCCAUCUUCCCAAGGCAAAAUUAAACAGAGGAUCAAUAUUUCAAACAGAUAAAAAGUUCUUCCCAAUAGUUACCCUUCAAUUAUCAAUACAAGUAUUAUCCAAUCAUUAUCAUGGCAUUUCAGUGAUCUUUCAUGGGGCAGGACAGUAGCGUGACACUUUACAGUCCCCAGCAAAACCAGGUUCAAUUCCUGCUGCUGUCCAGGAGGAGUUUUUGUAUGUUCUACUCAUGACUGCAUCAGUUUUUUUUUCUGGCUGCUCCAGUUUAGUCUCACAUUCCAAAGACGUACCAGAUCAGUAGGUUAAUUGGUCACUUGGGAUUAAUUGGGCAGCACAGGCUUGUUGAGCCAGAAGGGCCUGUUACCGUGCUUAAUCCCGAAAUAAACACAGAAAUAAAUCACAAUGACUACAUUUUUGAAGUAUUUCAUUGGCUGCAAUGUAUUUUGUGAUACAACAGAUGCUAUAUUAAUGCAAGUUUCUAUAAUUCUAUGUUUCUUGCGUUAGGAGCUGGAAUUUGCUAGCCAGGGUGCUUGGAAGCUCGGCGGUAAAGAAAGUUAGUCCAUAUUUCCUAAUGUUCACCUCCAGAAAUAUAAUUUAGACCUUAUUGCAUUGCCUAUAUGCUUUGGAGUAUGACAAUGUUCCUUGACACUAAAAGGGUUAAAAUCUAUCCAGCUGAGGAAAGCUGAGAAACUCGUCUUGAAUGUAUGUCACUUACGUUGCUUUGGAUUCCAGAGUAGGUUAUUGUGAAUGGAAAAUCAAUUCCAAAAUAAAGUCUUGUGUACUCUGUAUUUUACACAUUCUGUACGUGUACAUUUCUCAUCCGUGUACUUACAUGCUGGAAUUUA